AUGAAAGCUGAACAAUUGUCCAACAUGAGCAGAAGACGGAAAGAAUACCACGAGUUCAUUCUGUCAGACACAAAUUACACGAACCAGAGGUUGUGUUUGAUGAAUCUCCGUACAUUAAGUCAGAGCUACAGACAAACUGGAUUGUCAUCUAACGAGGUUUCCGAUCCUUCAACCAAAGUGAUUUACAAGUCACCAAGAGGUAAUGCAGUGUUUGGAUAUAAAUUAAAUCUCAUCAAGCUUGCAUUGAUUGAUGGACGUUCAUUCAAGCCAAAUGUUGAAGUAAAGCGCCAGUGUUACAACCAAGCCAAUAUUGUGUUGCUUCUGGCAAUGAUCAAAAACAAACCUGACUUGGUAUACUCGAUACUUAGUGGCGGGUUUCCAAGCAGCAUUAAUUCAUCGAUAUUUGGGAAUGCGCUUUCCCCAACAUAUUUUCAUCUUGCAUGUGCAAUGAGCAAUGAAGUUUUGUCAGUUUUUAUGAAUUUCUCACCGAAUUAUGAGUUGUGUUGGAACGGGCUCACGCCACAGAUGAUUGCGUCCUUUGAUGGGAAAACCUUAGAUACAAAACAGACAUUUAACUUUGUAACAAUGAGGCAGUAUGGCUUGCUAAAUGCAUAUAGAGGAAUUGAAGUGGUUAAAGCAGCGGACAAACCUUUGUUUCUGGUUGAUUUUUUAUGCAUGAGCGAUGAUAUCGCAGCAGCAAAAAAAGUCCUCGACAGGAAUCCAGAGCUUGCAAAAGCGAGUAGGCUGUGCUAUCUUGUGCAGAAUAACAUAGAGUUUGUUUUUCUUUUCAGUAGGUACCAAACAUCAAUUACUCAGGAGAUCAAUGGGAUGUCUGCAUUGCAUGUGAAGUCGAUUGAUGGAGACAUUGAGCAGAUAAUUGCUUUCCUAGCACUUGAAUGUAAUAUUAAUGCAGUAGAUUACCUUGGAAACACUGCAAUGCAUUAUUGUGCAUCUCAUGAUCACUUUGAUUGCUUAGAAAUUCUUAUCAGGCUUGGAGGAAAUAGAUCAAUGGUGAAUAGAGAUGGAAUAAGCACUGAUGACAUACUAGCUGCAAAGAACAUAAUACUUGACAUCAAUGAUGUGGAUGUUGAAUUGACAGAAGCAAUAUUUCAGCUACUAGAGCAUUCUGAAAAUCUUUGGUAUUAUUUAUCGAUUGUUAGAAGGAUAAGAUACAACAAGAGCCAUACGAUUGUUAAGAAGAAUAGAUUUACAAUAACAUCUCUUUUGAAUCUUCCACACAAGAUUGACUACACCGAGGCAAUGAUUCACAAAAUAAGUCAGGUAAAGGAAAUUGGUCUUGAAACGCAUAGUCCGUGUAAGACGCUUGAAUUGUUUAUGAAAUAUGUGCGGAAUGUAUAA